AAUCUGUGCAUUAAUCUGAAUUCUGUAGUUUAUGGCUCGCUGUUCAUAAUCAUUUCCAAUUUAUAACCUAUAACUUGUAUUUUUUUAGAUUAAAUUAGGUUUUCAUAAGGUAAAUCAUACAAAGCAUAAUGACUGAUUUACCAGAUUUUUCAAGUGGUAAAGGUGCGGAUUCCGAACUUCAGGAUUUCUUAUUGGCGGAAAAGCAAAAAGCUCAAUUUCAUGCUCAGAUUCACGAGUUCAACGACUUCUGCUGGGACAAAUGUGUAGACAAACCAGGAUCAAAAUUAGAUUCCAAAACAGAAACCUGUAUCACAAAUUGUGUCGAGAGAUUUAUUGAUGUUUCAUUACUUAUUACAAAUAGAUUUGCACAAAUGUUAGAAAAGGGAGGUGGCAUGCAGUGAACAUAAAUUAAAUAUCAUCUGAUGUGUUCACAAUACAAAUGUUUAUUUGAAUAAAUAUAUUUGUUAAUGAGAAAUUGUAUUCUACAAUUUCCAAAUUUAGAGUUAUUAGUAGUGAUAUUGUUGCAUUAAUUUCGCAUUUUAGUCAGUAAGACAGUAUAUAAAUAAAAGUCUUGUUU